UCCUGUUAUACUAAACAACGACGUUAGGUAAGUACCUCUAUACAUAAUUGUAAAGGGAAUAGUGUAUAUUUCGCAAUUUCGUGCCAGUCACGGAGCUAAUUACACAGCCGCAACCAGAAAAUCAAGCAUUAAGUACCUAAAUUUGGAUAACUCUGGGUGAGGCUCAAGUUUCUAAUUUCUGCUCACAUCUCCACGUCCUCGGACUCGCUUAAGGCUGAUGGACGCUUCUUUUAGGUAAGCAACCCGACUAUAUGACGUGUUGACCACUCACCGCACUCAAACCCGACAAUGCUACCUAAGGCGGAUUAUCCACCUUUGCCCUAUGAAUAGUCGCAUCUUUUUUUUCGCCAACAGCCUGCGAAUGUUUGCGAAUGCGAACUUUGUAUUUGAAAUACUGAAGAUAGGAUCGCGGAUAACUAUACUAUGUAACUAGGUUACGACAGCCGUCUUCUACCAAGAGGCUGUGCCGCUGCUGGUUUGCGUUGUUGGGAGUAUAUAUGGCAAUGAGGUCGCUUUACUUAGUUUUCCUUCUUUGAUGUUAGAUAAUUGUUAAAUUUAAGUCGCUUUUUGGACAUCUUGCCUCGCAUAAGGAUAUCUGAUCAUUAUGUUGAUUACUCUACUAACCCGAGCCUUCAAGUCGAAGAAGGAUAACAAACAACAGAGCCAACCGAAAACACCAUGCAUACACCAGAGAAAUAUCGAGCAAGACGAACUAAACACCCAACCCGAGAGCUGCCUCAUGUGUAAGCUUGAGGAGCGAGAGGCUUCCAAGUAUCGAUGGAAACUUGUACUAUGCCUACUCAUGCCCUAUGCUCUUCAAGCACUCGACGUAACUAUCGUCGCCAGUGCGUUGCCAUGGAUUGCUGCUGAUUUCGGCGAAAUCGCCCAGCUCAACUGGAUCAUCUCAGCCUUCAACCUGACUUCGGCCGCAUUCAUCCCCUUCUGGGCACAGAUGGCCGACAUAUUCGGACGGCACUGGUCUCUCCAGAUGUGCUCCUUUAUCAUGUUAGUCGGCAGUGCCCUAUGCACCGGUGCCCCCACGACUGCCUUCGGCGCUUUUCUCCUCGGUCGAGCUCUCCAAGGUGUUGCUUGUGCGGGACUCAACACGAUCAUUCGUGCUAUAUUGGCAGAUAAGGUGUCGUUGGAAGAGAAUGCGAAGAAUUGGAGUCUCUUCUCGCUGGUAGGGGGCUUGUGUUAUGGUCUCGGCCCCGUUAUCGGUGGGUAUCUUACUGCUGCUAACUGGAGGUGGUGCUUCGGGAUCAAUUUGCCUAUUGCCUUCGUCGGCAUCUUGAUUGUUUUUUUCUUUCUUCGGAAUGAUCUCCUAGGCCCUCAGCCGAUUCCUGAAAUAGAUGAGAACGAGAUCGGUCAUCGAGAGAGAUUUGCCAGGCGUAUUAUGACCCUUGAUAUCGGAGGGCAGCUUUUAUUCCUCUUCGGAUUCGGUCUUAUAAUUCUGGCCUUGACGUGGGGUGGUGCAACCUACGAUUGGAACCAUCCUGCGGUACUUGUUUCUCUUAUUGCUGGUAUCCUGCUAGCGUGCGCUUGGCUUUACUACGAAUACUCGAUGACUCCAGGCGGUGCAUUGUCGUUGAAGCUGUCUUCCCAACGGCCAAUGUUGCCCUGGAACGUGAUGAAGGACCGAAAUAUUAGCCUCUUGUCAUACAUCAACUUCGCUACGGGGAUGGCUAUGUAUAGUGUUCUUUACUUUGUCGAUAUUUACUUCACCAUUGUCAAGGGUUUCCUUUCCGAUAAGGCUGGUGUUCAGUUGUUGUACUAUACGCCAGGACUUGGAGUCGGUGUAUACCUUUCGAUGUUCAUCUGUAAUGUCUGGCCUCGUAAAACAUUCCUACCCCUAUUCCUCGGCUCCUUGAUAGAAGCUAUCGGCGUCGGUAUGAUGGCGUACGCUCUAUAUUUCGAGCACUCGGCUACUAUAUACGGCAUGAUGGCACUGACCGGUGCGGGUACGGGUCUGCGAUUCAUGCCUUGCAGUCUACAUGCCAUCGGUUUCUUCCCGAACCACGUCGCAACCGUUAUUUCCGUAAUGGCUGUUGCCACGACAUUCGGAGGCACAUUGGCUCUUACUAUCAUGUCCGCCGUCUUCAACAAUACAUCAGGCAUCUCGAAGGAUUCCCCUUUCCAGAACGACUACGACGCUUUGCAUAAACUUCCAGAUGAGAUUAAAGCUCACGUUAUCGAGGGCGCCAAGAACGGUAUUACCUGGGCGUUCGUCGCAUUGACGCCCUUCAUGGUUCUUUGCGUACUCGUGUCAGCGUGCUUAGGCAACGUAACUAUUAUUAAGAAAACCGACGGUGCUGAGGCUGCCAAGGCUGAAGCCUCGGGUGAUCAUCUGGUGCACGGAAGCUACUUACUGUCUCUAAUAUACGGAAAAGGUGAUCCGGAGAAGAGUAUAGAGCUUGGAGAGGGGAGAAGGUCGGACCAGCAGCCUACGAUAGAGCAGAUGAGCUAAGGUUGGGAUGGAGAAUUGUUUACUAUAUUAUGAUACCCCUUAAUCGGAAUGGUUUAAUUUUUAUAAAAU